GAAUGCUUGUCCCUUGGCCAAUGAGAGAAGUCGUUAUGUCCCCGCUCAGUAACACGUGCAGUAGUCCCGGAAGUAGGAAGCGUCAAGCAGCGCGGGCUCUCCCUGGUGCUGAGCGGGAUUCACAAUGAUCACACCUGCUUUUGACAUCAGUCAGGAGUCGGACUUUCUCAUUAUCACCAUCAAAGUUCCCUAUGCCAGGGCGUCAGAGUUUGAUGUCUACAUUGACGGAGAUGACUUUAAGUUCUACGCCAAGCCUUACUUUUUAAGGCUGACGCUGCCGGGGAGGAUUGUAGAAGAUGGAAGACAGAAAGCCACAUAUAACGCUGAUGAUGGUAUUUUCACUGUCCGUGUGCCUAAAGAGACCCCAGGACAGCAUUUUGAGGGCCUGAACCUCUUGACGUCCCUUUUAGCACCUAAAGGAGCUAGAACCACUAAACGUCUUAUUGAAGAGAUAGGAUCUUCCAAUGAGGGUCCUGCGGACAGUGACCAUGAAGAGGACUUUGACUGGCAAAUAGACCAAACUCCUUUUGAAGAAGUUCCCACCAGUGCCCUUAAUUCACAGUGCAGUUAUGGUUUUGCCAAUUUAAGUGUCGGGGUCUUCAGCCGCCUGCAGGAGGAACUGAAUGAUGUUAUUGACUUAAGAGAUCCAGACGUCACCCCGGCCGCUGAGCGCACACACGGGCGUCUGGCAGCCGAAAAGGCCAAGUUUGACCCCGAUCAUUACCUCGCUGAUCUCUUCGAGGACGAUGCCAUUCUACACUUGUUGAAGUUUAAGCCCUGGUGGGUGGAAGUACAGCAUGGAAUAAGCAAUUUAUCGCUGGAGAACCAGGAGAAUAGGGUGACAUUUACAGAGAAAGAGAAGCAGCAGCUGAGGAAAUUCACAAACAAGUCGUAUUUGCUGGACAAGAAAGCCGAGAAGCAAUUGUACCUGGGCCUCAUCGAUCUCCUCCUGGCUUACUGCUACGAGGUUCGGGUUACUGAAGGAGAGAGAAAUGUUGAGUCUGCCUGGAAUAUAAGAAAAUUAAGUGGAACCCUCAGCUGGUUUGAGAAUCACAUGUCUGCUAAGGAUGUCCUGGUGACAUUUGGGAGGCGAGUCUUGUGCUAUCCACUAUACAGGAAUUUCUGCCUGGUUAACAAGGCCAUCCAGGACGCUGGCUCACUGCUGCGAUUGGGUAAAGCUGCUGUUCUGAAAUCUUUGCUGGACAUCCAUGCGAUAUUUCAAGCAAAUGACCCGGCAUACAUUCUCAAUGAUCUGUAUAUUACGGACUAUUGUAUCUGGAUUCAAAAAGUCAAAUCUAAGAAAUUGUCCGCCCUAUCAGACUGCAUACAAGCGGCAUCCAUCGCUAAGGCAGAUCUGGGCUUUGAUCUAGAGGAGCUGGAGGAAGCUGCCAAUUUAGUUCAAGAGGAAGAAAAACUACUGCAGGUGUCAGACAGCGUUCCCAGACAGCCCGCAGCACGCGCUACAUCUGAAACCUCCAGCAGCUAUGCCUCAACAGAGACAGAAGACACUUCGUCAGAUGAGGAUGAGACCAGCAGCAGCAGCGAGGAAAUCCAGGACUCCCUGGAGCAGCUCCCAGGCGAGACCACCACACCUCUCAUACAGGUUAUGGAUAACAGGCAGACCCACCCUAACACAGCUGCAGAAGCAGAUUCUUCCCCCACACAGCCAUCUGUUCCCUUACAAGCGGCGGGGAGCACAGAGGAGAAGGUGCAAGCAGCAGUUACCAUCCCUGACAUCCCCCUAAGGCACACUUCUGAUGACACUGACAGAUCCCAAGAGACAGACUGCGCAGCCCGCCAUUCGGAACGUACUGAACCAAAGUGUCUGUCCAGGGCGUUCUUAGAGGUGACUCCGAGGAUGAAUCCGCUCCUCAUUGUUCAGCAGUCAGAGGAGGAGGAGAUGCUGCUUGUAGAUUAAUCUCUCCCGUCCGCCUCUCAUUGCAGACUUCAGUUUGGAUUGCAUUUUCAUUAUAGAUAAAUGACAGCCUCGUUCUUGGGAUACUUCAUUAGCGCCUGAGAUGUCUUCCUGGGCAUCAGGUCUAAUGAAGUAAUGAAGAGACAGAAAGCCUGAUAUAAAAUCAUUAAAUCAAUCAGGACAUAAGAACGGUAACCCAAUGAGGAGUAAAUAUGAUGCCUUGCAUUGGUAAUUAGCCAGCAACAAUACAAGUUUUGGGAACAUCCCGUAUUUUGGUGAACUGUGGUUUUAUUGUGUCGUUUCAUGCCAGUAUGCCUAUCAGCCUCACAAAGACACGGGGGCAGAACUGUUCCUAUUCGCAAGCUCCCAGCGGUGUACCUCCUAGAGGAAGCGUCUUUUAUCCAGGGGCCAGGACUCACGGGGGUGCAGCAGGGCACUGUGUGAGGGGAAGCACCUCCAGAACAUUGGGGGCCGCCAGGCUUUGCAGUGUUAGAGGCAUGCUAAAUUAAAGCCACAUGUGGGCGUUUACACGGGUUUGGUAUGUGUGACCGGCGGUCACACUACCAACGCUGACAUCCCGAUCUUUAAAUCCCAACAGGGGUAAGGUAAAUAUGACGUCCCUUACCCCCUAACCUCCCCCCCUUAGUGCGCAACCCUAAACCCCUCCCCUUAGUGCGUAACCCUAACCACCCCCUGGUGAUGCCUAACCCUAAUCCUCCCCCUUUAGUGCCUAAACCUAACACCCCUAACUCUAAACCUGUGUCUUUUAAUUAGGGGCUUCUCUCGCUGCUGACUGGAUUUGUCCAGCUGGGGAUUCUGGGAACAUUGCUUCCUAGGAAUCGUGAGACUCCUUUGAACGUAAUUGGAUAAUAUUGGUUUCCUCUACAAUUACUUUGAUCCCAGAAAAUGAGGACACAUUAAAUCGCUGGAUUAAGAGGUGACCCGUCUCUUGUAAUGUUUAGGGGUUUUUUUUUUACUUCCCCAAAGUGUUUCUCCUGAUGUUUUCUGUAUCUGUAAAGAAGAGAGCUAUUGAUUAGGCCAGAUUUAUUGUGUCUAGUGAUAAAUGCACCAAAGAACCUGAUUAAUACCUGUGAAAACGACCAAGGGGCAUUGCCAGGAAGACACGUCUUAAAUAAUGUAAGGAGGCUGAGCUGAUGACUAAAGGCUGGAGAAAAGACACCGAGAGACACGCGUGGCAGAGAGAUAUAUGCUUUCGCUGUUUGAGUUCUAUGGGCAGGCCAUUUGUCUGCAAGAUAAGGAACAGUGCUGCUACAGCAGAUAAGCUGGAGGGGGCAGGAUAAAUAGGGCAUGUUCCAGGCAAUUAGGAACACGGGAACAGAUAGCCGCUGCUUCUGUGCUCCAUUCAUUUGCCGCAACCGACUCCAACGUGUUCUAAUUUAUUUAUGCUGGGUAAUGUUGUUUUCUGCCCUCAGCUAAUCAUGAACAUUCUCAUAUGGAAAAUCGUUUAGAUGUUUUUGUUUUUUUAUAGUGCCGACAUAUUACACAGUGUUUUGAUUGAAAAAUAAUAUGACGUCAGUACCUACAUUUAAAAAAUAAAAUAAAAAUUAAGCAAUUGGUGUAUCAAUAUCAGCAUUCAGAUAUAUCUAAAUGAGUUAGCAAUAAACAUUUUGU